AUCAGUGGAAGUGCACCAAAGCGUGCGAAACCGAUUUUGGUAUUUUACGUUCGCGGCGUGCGACGUUGACAUCGAAAUCGCUCCCUCCUUCGAGAUCCAUGCGGUCAACUCGCGGCAGGGUUUCGAGCAAGAGUUCGGCAUGGACCAGCGCGGAACACUGCUGCUGCAGAUUGCAGCGGCUGCCUGCUUCUUAUGUCUUGGGUUCCUUCUUCGCUUCGCCGGUCGCGUUGCCACCGGCUCGGAGGCGCGGGGGCGAUGCGACGGUUCUGAAGCCUUGGAGAUUCGGGCGGGGUUCUAUCGGAUUCUGGCAGGCGACUAG